AUGGAUCUCCUGGCGAAAGGCCUCUCGGUACUGUCCGCGCAACCGCUGCACCAAUCCGCCGACGAGGCCAUCGCGAAGCUAUGUGAUCGCUUGCAAUACUCAACCUUGCUUGAGGACCGGAGGGCUGCUGUCCUGGGACUGAAGGGGUUCUCUAGGGAUUUCAAGGAGCAAGUUGCAACAGGAGGUCUAGCAGGACUCUUCGUCACACUCACCCGUGACGCCGGCGACCUCGACACCCUCAAAGCCGCUCUCGAGACCCUCCUCGUCCUCUUCUACCGCGACUCAAACGAUCCACAAUCCCCCGACCUCCAAACAUGGAUGGCAGACGCCUUCAUCUCCGCACCCCAAAACAUCUCCUCCAUCAUCGAGAUCCUCGACCAAAAUGAUUUCUAUGUUCGAUUGUUUGCACUACAACUGCUGGCCAGUUUAAUGGGUGUACGAGGAAACAAGAUGAAGGAGCUCAUGUUUGCGGAUCCGACGGCGUUGUCGAGGUUGGUUGCUACACUUGGUGAUGGGCGCGAAGCGGUACGGAAUGAGGGGUUGUUGCUGUUGAUUGCGCUGAGUGAUGCGAAUACGGAUAUCCAGAAGCUCAUUGCGUUCGAAAAUGCGUUCGAGAGGUUGUUUGAGGUCGUUGAGAUUGAGGGUGGGUUGGAUGGGGGAAUCGUGACCCAGGAUUGUCUACAGUUGCUCAACAACCUGUUACAUCACAAUACUUCGAACCAGACGCUGUUCAGGGAGCUCGGAAGCGUUCCGAGAUUAGCAAAGUUACUGGCGGACGGGAAGGCCGAGACACGAUGGAAUGAGCAAAAGGCAACGAACUUGUCAGCAUCAAUUGCUCUGACCAGAGCAUUCGUCGAGCGCGGCGCUCCAGGUAUCGAGGCAAAUCAGAAGGUUAUGGCAUCCUCGGGUAUCUUGGACAGCCUCGUCGAGAUAGGAUUCUCGGAUGCAUUGCCAAUAGGCGUCCGUGCUCAUGCUUUGACCACCUGUGCCGACUUGAUCCGUUCAAACCCUCAGAAUCAGGACUUGUUUGCGCGGUCAAGAGUCGUGGGUGCCCCUCCGCCGCUUGCUCCCGGUACCUCGAGGGCUUCGACGCCCGGGAUGGGCAAGACCAUCAGUCCGGUCAUGGAGCUGCUGUUGAUUGCACUGUACUCCGAGUCUGCAGAAUUCUUCGAGCUGCGUGCCGCCGCCGUUCUCUGUUUCCAGGGUUACAUCCAAGAUAACGACAUCGCAAAAGGCCAUAUCGUCGAAUACCUCAUCGACAUCUACUUCCGAUCACAGAAGAACCAGAACACGGACGGCGAACCGGGAUUGCUAGACUGCAUUCUGUGGCUAGAACAGUCCAGGGCACGGAAGGAUCCGUAUAAGGUAUGGUUCGCCUGUGUGCUCUUGAUGCACCUCCUCUUCGAAAACCCUAGGACGAAGUCAUUGUUGCAUGCUGUAACGAUUGGUGGUGAUGAGGAUGUCGUUACGGCCGUGCAGACACUCGCGGCGAACCUCGUCACGUCUAUCCGACAUUCUCUUGAUCCGCGGAUUUCGCUCGCGUAUGCUAUGCUGCUGUGUGCGUGGCUGUGGGAGGAUACACCAUCCGUCAUCGAUUUCUUACAUGAGAGUGGGAAUGUGUCGAGUCUCCUGGGGACUGUGGCCGGUAGUGGUGGUGGGUCCACGGAGGUGAUGGUGCAGGGGCUGUGUACGUGUUUGUUGGGUAUGUGCUACGAGUUCGAUGAGGGUGAUUCUCCUAUACCGAGGGAGAGGUUGCAUUCGAUGUUGGUGGACCGGGUAGGCAAGGAUCAGUUUGUCAAUAGGAUCGCACGGUUACGGCAGUCGCCUGAGUUCCGGGAUCUCACGGUGGAUUUCGCGUUCUCGUCGACUGAUGCGCAGGGUUUGCCGAAUGUUUACUUUGAUUUAACGUUUGUUGAGUUUCUGAAAGAUAAUUACAGCAGGAUCCAAAGGUCGGUUCGUCGGGAUCCGUCGGCGUUUGAGCCGGUGCCCGUGGUGAAGGGUGGUGAAGUCAACGGAGACCUUUCAAAGCAGCUUGAGGCGUUGAGGAUUCAGUUGCAGGAGAAGGACAGGGAGGUUGAGCGAGCGCGGGAGAAUUUGCGUGGUGAGCAUCAGUCGAAGCAGGACGAGCUUGCCAAGAAUAACCAUGACUUGCGCGCUCAGCUCGAGGCGGCCAAAGCUGAGGCAGCAAAAGCCCAGGAUGAAGUAGCAGCAGCAAAGAAGAAGCUUGAGCAGGAGGCGGAGUCUACGGCCGGUAAAGCUGGCGAGGCACUGGAGCAGAAGGAGGCACAGUGGACUGAAGAGCGUGAGAAGCUUCGGAAGCAGUUGGACGACUUGAGACAUGAACUGCAGGCGGCGUUAAAGGAGAACAGGCAGACUGCAUCGCAGCUUCAACAGAGUCUGGAGGAUCUCGACAAUAUCAAUGACAUGACUUCGAAGAAGUUGAAGGCUAAAGAUGAGGCUCUUGAGGCUGCGAAGAAACAGGUUGAUGAGCUCAAGGCAAAGGAUGCUGAGUUGAAGAAGGUCCAGGAGGAAAUUAAUGAUCUUCGGAAGAAACUCAAUGACUCCAAGAGUUCGGCUGGGGUCAAUGACAAGGAGGUGAAGCGUUUGCAGAAGGAGAAAGAUGACAUCCAAGAACAACUUGACAAGGUUCAGUCAUCGGUGUCUAGCAAAGACGCGGAUCUCGAGAAGGCGAAGAAGGAGACGGUUGAGAUUCAAAAGAAGUUGGAUGAGUCGAAGAAGGCUUCUGAUAAGGCGGCAAAGGAGAAGGCUGAUCUGGAGAAGAAGGGCGAGGAGGCUAAGAAGGCUUUGGAGUCUGCGAAGGCAAAUGUCAAGCGCCUUGAGGGCGAGAAAGCUGACUUGCAGAAGAAGCUUGAUGAAGCACAGGCCUCAUCCGAGGCCUUGGAUACACUGAAGAAGAAGUACGCGGACUCACUGAAGCAGGUUAUGGAAGCCAAGGGCUUGAAAGACAAGGUCAAGGCCGCAGAAGAGAAGGCUGCAGAGGUACAGAGUGAGAUGGAUGACUUGUUGCUCGUACUCGGAGAAUUGGAAGAUAAGAGGGCAAAGGACAAGGAGAGACUGAAGGCUCUUGGCGAGGAAGUCUCUGAAGCAGAGGACGACGAGGAAGACGAUGAUGAGGAGUAG